GACUGACAGGCUCUUAUUGUACACCGAGCAGAGGAUGACAUUGAGCUGUCCUGCCCGCGGUGAUACACGAAUGCUGGGGUCGGGAGACGCAGAUUCCAGCCAAUCAGCAGAUGGGCGCGGGCCGACCACCUCCGAAAUCAAAAGCUUCCCGCCUCGUGAAAUUUCCGCAGCCUGCACACGCCUCGCAACAAUGCCAGUUCAUCGCCGGCGCGAGGCUUCAAGAACCAUCUCCCAAGCUACAUACUCGAGUCAACAUGGCGACAGAGACUGUGGCUUUACAGCCAGCUUCAACUCAAGCUGAGCCGCCCAAAGUUCAUGUUGCAGCGCCUGACGGCCGAAAGAGUGCAAAUAGCGGUCCUAGGAAGCCUCGCCCAAAGCGACCAAACUACAAUGAAAUCCACGUCAAGCCACUUCCGCUUGAUGUUCACCCACUGCCAGCCUUCAUCCCACAUAACCCACUGUCUCUCGUGAGAAUCGCCAUUGCUCUUCUGUCACAUUCCUUUCGCUCGCCCAGCUCGCGCAAGGUCGUCCACCAAGCCUACUUCUCUGAAGACACACAGUCCAUCCAUGUUACAGAUGCUGAGUCGAUUCGCGCACUUUGGGAACAAGGGUUCUGGGGUAAGGGAUCGCUCAGUCGCAGUGAGCCUCAGUGGCUGCUAGCUGAGAGGCGAAGGCGAGGCAUCGAAGCCCAGACAGCAAGCACACAGGUUACGCAGGCGCGAAGAGAAGAGCGCAGACAGUUUAAACUUGAGCGUGCAAAGGCACAGCGAGAUGCAAUCGAGCAGCAGCUGCGUCAGGAGGGCAAGCUCGACGCUGACGGCACUGUGAGCGAUCUGGUUGAGAACGGUAUUGUGUCCGAGUCGCCAAAGGGGACAAUGUACGCACCCGAGGCUGGCGAUACUAUAGGGCCCGUUGGUGAUAGCAUCGUCGCAGAGGUCGGCAAGAGGAUUGCAGAUGGAACAUCGACAUGGGGAGAAGAUGGGUCUGCCAUUACGCAAGCAGAAGAGAUCAAGGACAUCGAGCACCUACAGCUCACCCCUGAGGAAGCCUUCUACCUCACCUACGUCCUGGGCGCUCUCAACAUCGUGGACGGAAACUACCUUGGCGGCAUCACAGCGACGUCUGCGCUGCCCGCCUGGUACCUGCUACGACUGUACAGCGCUUAUGCGCUGUCUCCUACCGACGACGCUGCCAUCAUGGGCUUGAAGAAGCUUUUCCAGUACCGCGAGCGCCUCGCCCAAAAGACUGCCGCCCUACCGAGCGCACAGCAGAUCGCACCCGAUAAUUCCUUCCUCCUCAAGUACGUUGUCUACCACCACUUUCGAUCCCUUGGCUGGGUAGUCCGACCCGGCAUCAAGUUCGCCGUCGACUACCUACUCUACCUCCGCGGACCUGCCUUCCACCACGCCGAGUUCGGUAUUCAGAUCGUCCCUUCAUACUCGCACCCCUACUGGUCGGAGACACCCGAGCGGAUCGCGCACCGCAAAGAGGAGGAGAACAAGGACUGGUGGUGGUUUCACAGGGUGAACCGUGUGCAGACUGCGGUCAUGAAGACAUUGGUGCUGGUGUACGUCGAGGUGCCGCCACCGUGGGACGGAGAGACAGAGCAGAACGCACUGGCCGUUGAUAUCGGCCAGGUGCUGAAGAGUUACACCGUGAGGGAAGUUGUGUUCAGGAGGUGGAGUCCUAGCCGCAACCGCGAUUAGACAUGAACGAGACAUGGCAUUCACUGCGUCUGUAUACUCCUGCGACCUGGUAUACUUCAUUGGUGGCGAAGUGCUGGCGUAAUAUCUAUUUCCUGAUUUCAAUCAGCACGGUAGCUAAGUCUGUCGCGGCAAAUUUGCUAUCCACUCUCAAAUGAAGUCUGAGUCGACCUUGAAUCUACGGCACGCCUAUGACCAGCUCGUUAAUGACGAUCCGCUUGCGCUGUCUGGAAUCCUGGAUGACAGAUCGGGCCAAGCAAGGCAAGAUGGUUGAUAGAUUGGCUUACGCUUUAGCCUCGACCGCUCUCCGAAAGAGCUGUCAUCGCAUGUAUCAAUGUAUUUUGUAC